CUAGCCCAACGCUGAUUGGCUGAGAGAGUGCUGCGUCUUCUUCUGCCUCUUUGCUGCUGGUGGAGAGUGAGCGGCCUUGGUCUUUGGACGCCAUGGGGAGCUUGCUUCAGUUUCUGAGGCUGGUGGGGCAGCUGAAGAGAGUUCCACGGACAGGCUGGGUAUACAGAAAUGUAAUGAAUCCAGAGAGUGUGUCGGAUCAUAUGUACAGGAUGGCAGUCAUGGCUAUGGUAACUGAAGAUAAAACACUUAAUAAAGACAGGUGUGUACGGUUAGCUCUAGUUCAUGAUAUGGCUGAAUGCAUAGUUGGUGACAUUGCACCAGCUGACAAUAUUUCCAAAGAGGAGAAACACAAACGAGAAGAGGAAGCUAUGAAACAUUUAACCCAACUGCUUUCAGAAGAGCUGAGAAAAGAAAUUUUUGAACUAUGGAAUGAAUAUGAACACCAGUCUAGUGCAGAAGCAAGGUUUGUAAAACAGUUAGAUCAAUGUGAGAUGAUACUUCAAGCCUUAGAGUAUGAAGAGUUAGAGCAAAGGCCUGGAACACUUCAAGAUUUUUAUGACUCAACUGCAGUAUAUACUGUAUGUGAACUGGACAGAAACAGGCUUCUGUGCCUGCUUACGUGAAGAGGACAGCCCAAGAACCUUACAUCCAGACCAUAAGGCUGUAUGUGCAGUGCUUCCUUGCUGAACUUAUGAUAUAAAAAUGUGGAAGAUUAAAUCCUGAUGUAUCCAUGGAUGGCCAAUACUUCAUUAAAAUAUUUGUUGUGCGUCUAUGUGCCUUCAAGUCAGCUUAAGGCAAACCCAUGACUUUCAUAGGAUUUUCUUAGUCAAGGAAUACUCGGUGGUUUUGCCAGUUCUUUCUUCUGAAAUAAAGGCUACAACACUUGUUACUGUAAAACAAAUAAAUGUAUACUACCUAACAUAACACAACUUAAUAAAUGUCAAAGAGGAGAAGAGAUGGCAUUAAAGAUUUUAAAAACCCGUAUAAGAUUCUCCUCUCAUUCUGAAAUGAAGAUUCAAAGAGUUGAGAAUUCAUAUCAAAUACCAUUGAAUUUAAUGUGACUAUCACACCUUUUAGAUCCGUUGUAUUUUGCCUCUAGAUUUUGGUAUGAGGACAAUGUGGUUACAACUCUUACGAAUGGCUAAAUUAGUGAAGUUUCUCGCACUGGAGGUAGUGUUAUUUAAAUAGUGUUGUCUCAAAACUGGAUUUAAAACAAUAUUUGAAAGUUGUCUCAAGACUGCUCCAGUUUAAAAAAAAAGCAUUUUGCAUGCACGUGCUGGCUGGCAAAUUUGUAUGAUGGCUUGAAAUAGGCCCAGCAUAAGUACUGUAGAUAGUUGAUUAUAUGUGUGUGUGCACGCACACACACAUAUAUAUGGUUCUAAUACUAAACAUGCACCUGUUCCAGCAUACAUAAACUGCCUAGAUAGAGCAAAAUGCCACUGAUGUGGCUGGUCCCAAAACAAGUUGUUUCUUUACCACAUGGGCAGCAAUCUGUAUUGACUGCAUGUGAUAUAGUGCAAUGAUGCUGUGCAGCCUCCUAACUACAAAUGAACACAGGGAUAAUAUGCAGCCACUGGCUAUGUAUCUUACAUUGUGCGAUCUGGGCUUUAUGCUGUUGUGGACCAGUGCUCUUAAAUUAUUAUAACAUGUUUACCAGUUUGUGAAUAUUAAGUGGGAUUGAUUAGCCAUCUUUGGUCACUAUAAUGGGAGAAAGGUGAGAUAUAAAUAAUAAACAAUAAUUUUAACAAAUGGAGGCUGCUGAUGUUCAGUAGUUAUGAGACUGCAAUCUUGAUGAUCUUGUAACUGCGGAGGAUGUACAUUCAUGAUAAUUAUUGAUGGAAAACCAACCUUUUCAGCUUGGCAGCACCCCAACCAGAGGAUUUCCAGGGCCCUGCAGACCAGGUGCUUGGAAACGUCUCUAGCAUUCAUCACAUUGUGAAAGUACAGUACAACCCGCAUAUUCGUGGUUAACUUACCCACAUCUGAAAAAGUAGGUUCUCUCUAAGCUUUUUCUAGGUCCUCCACUAUGAUUCUCUGGUAUUCUUCCAGCAGAUGUCAUAGUCUCAUUGGAAGAUCUAGAAAAUGCUUAGAGGUGUUUUCUCUAGGUCCUCCAACGUAACUCUAUGAUCAGCCUCCAUUGGAAGUCAUUCAUUUCAAUCCACAGUUUCGUGUUUUCAUGGUAAAUCCAGGAAUGUAUCCCCCAUGGAUAUCAGGGUUGUACUGUAGUUGCAACAGGCUCUCCAGCAGCUUGCUUUUAAUGUGCCCUGUUCCUGCCCUCCCCCCCACCAACAAAAAAAAAUCUGGAGCAACUUGGAAACUGUUCAGUUGAAGAGCUAUCAUCGUCUGACCUUACUACGAUGACAGAAUUGUAGUUACAU